AAUAAAUAGAAAGAAAGAAAUCAAACUUCUAAUCAAGUAAGUAUAGCAGCUCAAUCAGAAAAUUUCAAAGAAAAGGAACUGUAAUAGAAGAGCUUUUUAUUCUUUAUGAAAUCAUAAAGUUUAUAUAAAAGCAGUAUAGAAGAAGUAAUAGCACGCAAAGAAAGUUAAUAAAUGGAAAAUCAUCUAGUUACGAAUGGACCAAACGCUAUUUAGGAAAAAAAUUAGUAAUAGGAACUCCUAGAUGCUCAAAAUAAUAAUAGUCAUCAAAAUAACUUUGCGAUAGAUGUUGAAUUAAAAUUAUAUAUAGGAUAAGAUGUUUACAAAAGAAAACAAAAGGUUAAUAGCUAUGAAGACUUAUUACAACUAGCUUAAGAUCUAUUAAAAAAUCACCAUAUAAAAAUAGAAGGAAAGGUAGUAAUGAAAUAUGUAGAUCUAGAUAAAGAUAAUGUACAUAUAAAUGAUUAGCAGUCUUAUUAAACAGCAGUUGAAGAAAUACAAAAUAGUCAGUAAAAAAAUCUAAAAGUAUUUGCAGAGUUGAUUUAGAUCAAUGAUAACAACUAACCUAAUUUGUCGUAAUCAUUUUGUUUCUAAAAGGGAUCAAUUUGCUCCAACUGUAGUAGUUUUAAUUUACAAACCCAUCCAAAUGACUCAUUAAAUAACUUAGAGUAUUUGAAUUAAAUAAUUUCAAGAACAAGCAGCUAAAAUGGCAAUAGUAAUACCAUGACAACUUCAUAAUCUGUUAACGUUGAAAAUUAAGGGUAAAUACAUGAAGAAAACAUAUAAAAAGAAAAAUAGAAUGGGAUUAAAACAUAGAAUAUGCCAAACAAAAUAUUUUCACCAACAGGAAAUAGCACAGCAAAUGUGAUUAAUUUCAAUAAUUAGCAGUAAACACCAUUAAGAAGGGGGAUUUCUAAACCUAUUCCAGAAAACCUUAAAAGCUAAUUGCCUUUAAAUUUUGAAAAUUUUUCAAAUGAGCAAGUGAGUUAUAACUUCCUUGCCUCAUAAGAUCAGCUAAUCACCAGCCCAAAAGAUGUUAAUCAGAAUUAAUUAAAUCUAUUAAACAAAGGCAAACACAACUAAUAGCAAACAAAUUAGUAUUAAUCUAAUCAAUAGUAAUAGCAGUAACAAAGACAAAUUUCUUCUAUCACAUUACCACCUCCUUAUUCUCUUUAAGCAAUGUUUUUGAAUUAAUUGGAUCCAAAUUACUAACAAUUUCUUUUGUUCAAAGAAUACUUCUAAAAUAUCAUGAAUAUUUAAAGUCCUCAAUCAAUUCAAGGGUUGUAAAAUGACAUGGAUUUAAUUGGAAAAAAGAACCUAUUUUAAUUUGGAGCUUAGAUUCAUAAAAAUAGCUAAAGUUAAACUCAUUCACUUUAAAAUUAUCAAGAACAUUUUGAACCUAACUUAGCAAAUCAUAGAUACAGUAACUCUCUCAAUAAUGAUAGUAAUAUAAAAGAUAAUUAAGCUCUUGGUGCUGCUUCUUUUUCAAGUGAUUUUUCUUAAAAUAGAAUAAAUCAAAAAAAAGAAUAUCGUGUCAAUACAUCUCUCGAUGAAGGUAUCAACUCAAUAAAAUAAGUUUAUUAAGGGUUAAAUUAACAGAAGAAGGAUAAAUAAACAAGUUAUGAGGAUUAAUAAACAUAUGAACGUAAUCUCAAUAAUUAGAACAUUAACAGUAAUAUACCUUAGAAUAGUCAAGGAGCUAAAAAUUCUCAAGCAUAGAGAAAUGGUUCUGACGAGAUAUAAAAUCAUAGUAUUACUAAAAAUUUCAAAUCCAUAUAAAGCAACAAUAAUGUCAAACAUAAUAAUAGCAAUAAAAAUUCUUAGAUAAGCGAAAGUUACUUUAAAAACUAAAUAUCAAGUUUUGGUGAAUAAGAUUAAAUUAAUAUUGAUGAUCUUGAUAGCUUUAAGAGUUAAAAAUUAGAAGAUAGCAACAGUCUGAAAGGAUAAUUAUUAUAAAAACAAAAAAAUAAUGUCCUUGCAAAUAAUAACAGCACAGAUAGUGAUCAUACAGGCAGAGAAAAUAGCGUUAAUAGUAAUUAUUAUUAUAAUGGUUUCAAUCAUGAAAUUUAAUAGACUUCAUUUUAGCAGAUGGUAUAAUAAGAUACAUAUCACAAUAUAUCUUAAGUUGAUUGCUUUUCUCUAAGUACUAGCAAAGAAGACAAGCAGAUACCAUCAGUCAUAGCAAACAAUCUUUAUAUUUUUGAUACUCCCUCUAAGAUUAAGCAAACAAGAUAGGUGUCGCCUGUUAAGUCAUAGCAAGUCGAAAAUUAAAGCAAGGUAACUCUUGUAAAUGAAAAAACUGUCAGCUAAAGUGUUCAGUAGAAUAUUUUCAAAAGUAACUAAUUAGAAAGCAUAUAGAAAGAACUCUAAAAUGAAAGGGCCAAUCAAUAUGGUUUUGAGCAAUUUAUAGAAUAAAGCAUUGUUAUAUAAAAAUCUAAAGAUGAUAGCAGGGAAAAUAAUAUCCCUUAAUAUUUUCAUACACUGAAGUAGAUUUAAAAGAAGACUGUUGAAGAACUUAAGAAAGAUCCAAACUGCACUUAAUGCGUUUAGGAAAUGCUAUCAAAUGAGAAGUGCAAAUUCUGUAAAAAGAAUCUCAUUUGCAAAUACAAAGAUAAACAAAAACUGAUCAUGACUGUUGUGAGCCAUAAAAUAAAAGAAAUCCUACCAUUUUUAAGACCAAUAAUUGAAAGCCAAAUAGAAAAAAAGAAAAGAAAAACUAUUAGAGCAUUUUCAUACUAGCAAUAAGUUUAAUAAGAAUUUGAUCAAUAGCCUCCUUCCCAUAUAGCACAAUCUGAAAAUAUAAAUAAAAUUGAUAACCAAAAGAAUUAAGAAAACGUUAGUAGCUCUGUUCCCUUAACUUAAUUAGAUGUUAGUUUUAACUAAAAAUAUCAAUAAAAUUAAAAUUCUCCUCAAACUUUAAUGUUAUUGUAAAAGAAUUCUAGCAACUAAACAAGUCGAGAAGAUAAAUAGCAAGAUAAUAAAUAAAUAGAUAUGUUUAGGGAUGGAUUGAAUGAUUAUACUUUUUAAAAUUUGAAUGAACAGUUCUUGCAAGGAGGACUCCAUCGCUAUUCGUUUGGUAGUAACCACAAAUCUCCAAAAAAUUCAAUCAGUUUUGAUAACAGCUAAAGCAAAGAAAAAAAUAACUAAAAUGGUGAGCAAAAGCUACAUUCCUUCAAUGAAUUUCCAGAUGAACAGUAUCUCUAAGCAUUUAAUUAAUUUAACUCACAUGCAGAUAAAAUUGGAAACAGCUACCAAGAGGAAGAAAUUCAGUAAUAAUUAUAUGCCAACUUUUAAAAAAAUUCAUAGUUUAAUAACUUGUUUCAAAUUCCUCAUUAGGAAAAGCAAAGUAAAUUUUAUAUAGAAAAUCAGUAAGAAUAAAUUGAUUUUUUUAAUGAAUUAACUUCACUAAAUAAUAAAAAUGAAGGAGGCUAACAGAUCUAAAACAAUAACUUCAAUAAUUUAAUAAAUAAUAGUGCUGUUCCUUUAAAAAAAUAAGUAUCCCAAAAUACUGCUGCUUUCUUAAAAAAAGUAGAAGGAGAGUUCGAUAUCUAUGAUGAUUUCUCAAAUGAAGAAGAGGAAUCAAAAGAAUAUGAUAUGAAAAAUAUAUUUAAAAAUAAUAAAAGUAAAAAUGGCAUUUAAAAGCACGAACUUACUUAACCUUACUAAGUAGAAGUAGCUGAAUAUUCCCAAAACUAAAUUAUUGAUUGCUACCCUGGUGAAAAACGGGAUAUUUUAAUUGAAAUAAAGAAUGUUGGCAAAAAAAACUGGGACAUUAAUAAUUUCUAUCUUAAAUGCAUAAAAGGAGUGUUUGAAAAAACAAAAUUUUCACCUUCUUAAAAGUUAGCAGUUGGGCAAGAUGGUACCAUUCAUAUGCAGGUCAAGAUACCUUCAGAAAUAAAAACGUAUACAACCUAGUGGCAAAUGUUUGAAAUAAAAACCAAUUCAUGGGAGAAAGAAUGUAGUUUUGGACCAGUUAUAAAGAUUUAAUUUGCUGUCCGAGAACCUACAGUAAAUAACUCUCAUUUUUGGUAAGAAGUAAAAAAUUAAUUAUACUAGCUAAUUGAUCCAAGCGAAAGUAACAUAGAUAAAAAAAUACAUGAUUUUAUUAAAAAUCAGCAGAGCUAAUAUAACCACCAGCAAAUUACAUAAGCAAAACAAAGCUAGCUCAUAGAUAAAAUAAUUUCUUAAUUUUUCGAUUGA